AUGGCGGAGCUCCACGAAGCGCUCGCGUGCCUCCGGCCGAAAGAGUUCAGCGAUGUCCCUACCGACAACCUCGAAGCAUUCCUACCCGACAUACUUGCCAAAGCGGAAAUCAUCGCCAAUUCCGUGCCUCCACCGCCCAAUGGUACGCCAUACGAGUCGUCGCAACGAACCCGAACCGAGCAACAGCCUGCGACGAGCUCCAAAGACCUCACCAUUUCGCAAGUCCGACGGCCACCGCCCGCGCCAGAGCACGAGGAGCUACAAAAGUCGUGGGGAAAGCCGGUGAAGCUGGGUAACAAUGAAGCCGCUACAGGCAUGAGCGUCUUCAAGAUGGCCGGAAAGGAUCGGCACGGAGCCUGGUUUUCGCGGUCGAGCGUGCAUGAAGGGCUCGGCUUCGACAAGUGGAAGCGCGCAAUGAAGAGCGAGUUUCCCGAGAGUCUCCAAGUCCAGGGCGGCCCGGGCGAGGGCAAUAUAAGAGGCAUUGGAGGAGACCAGAGACUGGAGGACAUGACUGUAGAUGGCCUGGGACAGCUACAAGUAUACCAGCUGUCCGCCCAGUUCCCCGGCCCGACCUCGCCGCGAGAGUUCAUCACCCUCCUCAUUACCUCGGACACAUGUCUUACCGAUGCCUCCAAAGUCGCCAGCUCGAUACCGCGACAUUUCAUGGUUGUCUCCAUACCCUGCUCACAUCCGGAUGCGCCGCCGCGAACCAACAUGGUAAGAGGCUUCUACGAAUCGAUUGAGAUGAUUAGAGAGAUACCCAUGGGCGACGGUGACGCCGAGACUAACCCAGUCGAGUGGAUAAUGGUAACGCGCAGUGAUCCCGGUGGUGGCAUACCCCGAUUCAUGGUCGAACGGAAUGUCCCUAGUAGUAUAGUGCAGGACGCCGUCAAGUUUCUUGACUGGGCAUGCGCAAAGGACGACGACGUGGAAGCCGAAGUAACGGCAGGCACAGACCGCUCCGCAGAAACACCCAAAGCGCACGAUACCGAGCGGACUUUCUCUCCCACCGAGGCCAAUGGCAUGGGUGCCGGCGUAGGAACCAGUAUAGUAGAUAGAACUGGGGAAGCCGGUAGCCAGUACAGCCUACGACGCACAAGAUCUGACAGCUCUUCGAGCACCUCAUCUUCUGCAGAAUCAUUUGCGUCCGCUGAGCAAUUCACCACUGCUCGCGAUGGCCUUCCCAUCGACAGAGAGAUCCCGACACCAUCGACCUCGUCACAACAGUCUCUGCCAUUGAAUGAGGACACCCAUCAUCAUAAAGGGCUGCAAAAAAUUGAAGAGAAGAAGGAACAGUUGAAGGCAAAACUCGAAGAGGCUCGUGAGAAACAUGAAUCGGGUUUGCAAGCUGAGACCCAGAAGACGGAUAAGGAGAUGCAAAAGGCAAACGAGAAGCACGAGAGAGAGAAGAAGAAACAACAGGAAAAGUUUGAAAAGGAAAUGCGCAAACUCGAGGAGCGCCGCGAAAAGGAGACACGGAAACUACUCCUUCGCCAACAGAAAGAAGCGGAUAAGAACCAGCUUGCCAAAGCUCAGCGGGAGCGAGACGAGUACAAGCAGCGCAUGGAUAUAUUGGAGCAGGAGAACAAGUUGCUUAAGGAGCAGAUUGGAGACUUGCAACACGAGAACACGGCGCUUGUCUCUCGUCUAGGAAAGACCGACGAAGGCAUCAAAAUCUUGAGGGCGAUCAAGGAAGGAGAGAAGGUCGGUCUCCGAUCCUAUCUGGAAUUGUAUCUUCUUGCAAUGGCGGCCCCAACAACAAAUAGCACAUACAUGACUCCCGGCAUAGCACCACGAGCUUCAGGCUUGGAGCGCGAUAUGAAGCCUACAUUACUUGCUUUCCAUGGCUCAGGAAGCAACGCGACGGUGCAUACAGUCCAGUUAGCAAGAUUGAUGAGGGUGAUUAAAGGACAUUUCGAGGUCGAAAGUCUAGAAGCGCCAUUUCCUUCCCAACCUGGUCCAGGUGUCCUCCCUUUCUUCGAAGGCUGCGGCCCUUUCAAACGCUGGAUGCAAUCCACCGUCACCAUCUCCGAUAUGAAAGCCGGAAACUCUACAAACGCCAUGUCACCUGAAGUUGAGGAUCUCGUUCGUACUACCGUCAAGCGUAUCAACUCCAGCGGCGGCAAGGUAGUUGGUCUGAUUGGUUUUUCUCAAGGCACCAAAGUCGUCGCCGGCCUGCUCAAAGGCUAUCAGAUGCGUCGCGCACUCGCAGACAAAGGAGCCGAUGUAACAGAGCUUGAUCAUCUAAAUUUUGCUCUUGGACUCAGUGUCUGUGGUUCAUACCCACCGCCGCUAAUUCCGCCCUCUGUUACAGCAGCGCUUGAAGCGUCCGGGAUGAGCGAGGAAGAGCGGAAGGAGCUGUUAGCGAAGAAGAUUGAAUUACCGGCAUUUCAUGUUCAGGGCUUACAGGAUGAGUGGAAAUGGGCGGGGCAAGGAUUGAUCGACGGGUGGUAUGAGAUUGGUGAGGGGAAGAGUGUGGUAAGGCACUGGGAGCAGGGCCAUCUUUAUCCAGUGAAGCCGGAGGAGAGUCAAGAAAUCGGAGAUUGGAUGCUGGGUGUGCUGGGCCUUGUAGAAGGUCAGAUGGUAAAUCAGGCGCGGUAA